GGAUUCGCGCCCCUCCGUCCGCGGCCCCGCCGACCCGGGGCAGAGCCGCCUGGGCCGCGCCGGCGCCGAGCCGCAGCUGCGGGAUGGGCCUGAGCCCGGCCGCCCCCGGGAAGAGCAGGCUCCGCCUCUCCCGCUCCCCCGGGCCCCGCCCCAAACCCGCGUCCGGAGCCGCAAAAAUAUCCUCUCAAGCGUUGGUCCAGCUCUCCCCCAAGCACCUGCAGCAGGGAACCUCAGAACUGGACAGAAGCGUCCAGGAGGGGGAGGAGCCCGGAGUUAACUUGGAGACCACACCCAACCAGAAAAGAGCAGAGUCACAUUCAACCCCGAAGCCUGAGAGUGCAAGCAAGUUAGCAAAGCAAGCCGCCAAGAGCAAACCAAGACCCAGACCUGGAGACCUGAUUGAGAUUUUUCGCAUCGGCUAUGAGCACUGGGCCAUCUACGUGGAAGACGACUGUGUGGUCCAUCUGGCUCCCCCGAGUGAGGAGUUUGAGGCCGGCAGUAUCAGUUCCAUCUUUAGCAACCGGGCCGUGGUGAAAUACAGUCGCCUGGAGGACGUGCUGCACGGCUGCUCUUGGAAGAUCAACAACAAGCUGGAUGCGACGUACCUGCCCCUGCCCGUGGACAAGAUCAUCCGGCGCACAAAGAAGAUGAUCAACAAGAUGGUGCAGUACAGCCUGAUUGACAGGAACUGUGAGCACUUCGUCAACGACCUCAGAUACGGUGUGUCCAGGAGCCAGCAGGUGGAACACGCCCUGAUGGAAGGAGCGAAAGCUGCCGGUGUGGUUCUUUCAGCUGUGGUGGACAGCAUACGGCCCAAGCCUGGCCCCGCCUGAAGGUGCUGGAAAUUCCAGGCAGAGGAAGAACGGCUGCCGCCAGCAAGGACAAUCACAGCCCCUUUGCUCCCCUUGCCUUCUCUCGCCAUAGCUCCUCCCGAGAAAAUCGGGAGCUUCUGGAGGAAUCCAGAGUGUAUCCAAUUACCCCUCCAGAAAUACAUCCAAUAUAUGUGAUCAUAGAUCCAAGGACUCUCGGGGUGAGAAGAACCGAAUAUUUAUUAUGCCUCCCCUAGGCGCCAGGCACCUUGCGAGGCAUCAUUUCAUAUACUCGUUUCAUUUUGUUCUCUGUGGGACGGGUCUUGCUUGUUUCCGAGGCCGACUCUGGUCUGUGAUGCCGGAAUACCAUCUGACACAUCCCGGAGACCUCCGCUCGAACAUUCCCAGAGACGAAGAGCUCUUCCGAAGUUCUUUUUCUUGAGCUAGACGACUCCGGAUUUUGCAUUCAUGCGAAUCCUGCUCUUUCUGACCCACAGAGCUGUGCAGGGGCAGGAGGAUUUUAAGGGAGCUCGUGACUUGCGAUUCAGGGUCCUCGGUGCCUUAAUCCGAGAAAAUCUUUCUUGGAUUUCAAAAAAAUCAUACAUCA